UAAUGAUUAGCGUGCCACUGUCCGGCCCGCGCAUGAAUGUUGAGUGGUUGAUGAGCUGAUGAGCUUGCAAAGUUCUACACCACCACCACCACCACGACCUCGAGGAAAAGAGCGCUGGAAUUUGCUCCGGGAUGUCCACCUCGGGGCAACAGCCGCUCGCAGUGUGACGACCUUGAAGGAGCCCAUAGAGCUUGGCAAUUGUGCAACAGCUGCCAAAACACUCCCUCCUGCCAGCUUGGCACCCCAGCUCGAAAAGCAGCAGAUUGUGCCCACAACAAGUUGCUCGCAACAAAGUGUUUGUUCUCCUCUGCUAUCUGAACCUGCUCCAGAACCUGGCCUUGAGGGCGAGGCUGGCGAGGAACCUGAAGCUGAUGCAGGCAGUCAAGGUGGUGAAGGAGAAGAUUCUUCCGACUGGUCUUCUGAGGUGAGCAAUGAGAAAUUGAUUCUGGAUGAUAUUCCGACCAUCAAAGUACAUGACACAAAGCUAGUAGAACACCUUUCCCACAACAGACAAUCUGAAAGCGGGGCGAACAACAAACGAGAAUUUCAGAUCCCUUUGCAUCUUUUGCAAAGUGGGUCCUCAGCAAGAAUGCGGCUGAGCCAAAGAAAGCAGAGCACGAGAAGGGCAGAAGAAGGAGGAACACGAGGAGCCACAAGCACAGAUUUGAUGGCGAGCAUGGUGAAUGGUUUUACAAGCCUCACAAAUUUUAAGUUUAGUGGUGAGAAAGCCGAAAGUGAAGAUGAAGUUCACAAUGCUUGGGGCGAUGAGGAUACAGCGGAUGAUUUCGGAAAUCGAGUGUAUGACCUACAAGAGGCUCGGGGUAUCACACUCGGGCCUGCUCCAUCUGCAGCACGUGCACGACGAGCUCAGAGGAAGCAGAAGCAGAAGCCAGGAGAAAUGGACCAGGCAAGUACAUGUCAAUCCACCCUAAAACGCUCUGACAGCGGGGCGAACAACAAACAUGAAUUUCAGAUCCCUUUGCAUCUUUUGCAAAGUGGGUCCUCAGCAAGAAUGCGGCUGAGCCAAAGAAAGCAGAGCACGAGAAGGGCAGAAGAAGAAGAAGGAGGAACACGAGGGGCCACAAGCACAGAUUUGAUGGCGAGCAUGGUGAAUGGUUUUACAAGCCUCACAAAUUUUAAGUUUAGUGGUGAGAAAGCCGAAAGUGAAGAUGAAGUUCACAAUGCUUGGGGCGAUGAGGAUACAGCGGAUGAUUUCGGAAAUCGAGUGCAUGACCUACAAGAAGCUCGGGGUAUCACACUCGGGCCUGCUCCAUCUGCAGCACGUGCACGACGAGCUCAGAGGAAGCAGAAGCAGAAGCCAGAAGAAGUAUGUGCACGUCAAUCCUCCUUGGUUGCAAACGAUCAUUCUAAUUCUAAUAUUGCAGGGCCAGACAGGCAGACUUUCUUUGCUGCUUCUGGUGUUGUUACAAGUUUGCUCAGCAAUCUGUCCAUGAGCAUGAGCAUUUCCGGUACCGCUGAGAAUGUCAAAGAUAAUGCAAAAUACCCUGAGGCCGAGCAACAAAGUGGCAUGGCCAUGCCAAUGUUGACAUCACACUCCCUAGGCCGGGAAAGGUAUGCCAGAAGAAAGGGCAAGCUUGAUUCCACAGCACUUCCGCAGGGAACGCUUUCUCCAUUUGUUUCCGCGGGAGUAGAGUCAGCUUCCUCAUCUGCAAGUGUAGCGCUGUCUGAUGCAAGUUCAUUGGUGCGCUUGGGACGAAGGAGGGCCAACCCGCCGGGGUUUGCAGAGGCUGCUGACUCAUUUGUUGUUUAUGGAACGAACCAUGGAUCGUCGUUCUUGGCAGCAGCGACUUCGAGCCUUGUUGCCUUCCAAAGACUCUUUCAGACCGAAGACGAAGAGACUUAUAGCAUUUGGGGUCCAGAUGACACACCUGAGCAGUAUCAACAGCGUUUGACUGCAUUAGAAAGGGCUCGUGGAGAACCGAAUGCUUCCAUGCUUCACCAUCGGCUGAUGCGUCGGCGGAAGAAACGACAACAAGUCAGUCAUGGCACUCAGGACGCCGAGGAAGAUCCCUUCUUGCUGCGGUGACAUUCAAUCACAAUCCGUUUCAGGGCGUUAUCCUGCCCGCUAGUCGAUUGCUAAUGUUCUUCAAUGAUCUGCGAGUAUCCUCAGCAAAUCAUCAUGCAUGCCUUGGCUUCCAUUGUUAC